CCCGCGGCUCGCCGCUCGGCGUGGGUGGGAGCUGCGAGGGUGGCGACUUGCGAAGAGAAGGCUGGUCCCGAGAAGGCUGGGCUCGAACUGGCAGUCCCGGUUCCGGAGAGAGACCUCCCGGCAGUCUCCGAAGGCCGGGGGCGCGGGGUCCCCGCAGAGGCCGCGUCGGCCCGGCGCAUCGCGAGGUGGGGAAGGGAGGUCGCGGCCGCGGCAUGGCGAGGCUCGGGCGGGCAGACCUGGCCGCUGCGGGCAUGGUGUUACUUUGCCACUUUUUAACCGACCGGUUCCAGGGUGCUGGUGGAGAGCCUGAACACCAAUUCACUGACUGGAAGUAUGAAGUUACACAAGCCUUCCCUCACACAGAAGAGUGGGUAGAAGUGGACUCAAAUGCCUAUAGCCACAGGUGGAAAAGGAACUUGGACCUUCUCAAGGCAGUGGACACAAACCGAGCCAGCAUGGGCCAAGACUCUCCAGAGCCCAGAGGCUUCACAGACCUGCUGCUGGAUGAUGGGCAAGACAACACCACCCAGAUUGAGGAGGACACAGAUCACAAUUACUAUAUAUCUAGGAUAUAUGGUCCAGCUGAUUCUGCCAGCCGGGAUUUGUGGGUCAACAUAGACCAAAUGGAAAAGGACAAAGUGAAGAUUCAUGGGAUAUUGUCCAAUACUCAUAGACAAGCAGCUAGAGUGAAUCUGUCCUUCGAUUUUCCGUUUUAUGGUCAUUUUCUACGUGAAAUCACUGUGGCAACUGGGGGUUUCAUCUACACUGGAGAAGUUGUACACCGAAUGCUAACAGCCACACAGUACAUAGCACCUUUAAUGGCAAACUUCGAUCCCAGUGUAUCCAGAAAUUCUACAGUCAGAUAUUUUGAUAACGGCACGGCGCUGGUUGUGCAGUGGGACCACGUGCACCUGCAGGACAACUACAACCUGGGUAGCUUCACGUUCCAGGCAACGCUGCUCGAGGACGGACGCAUCAUCUUUGGGUACAAAGAAAUCCCUGUCUUGGUCACACAGAUAAGUUCAACCAAUCAUCCAGUGAAAGUGGGAUUGUCUGAUGCGUUUGUCGUUGUCCACAGGAUCCAGCAAAUCCCCAAUGUUCGAAGAAGAACAAUUUAUGAAUAUCACCGAGUUGAGCUACAAAUGUCAAAAAUUACCAACAUUUCCGCUGUGGAGAUGACCCCACUGCCUACCUGUUUGCAGUUCAAUAGCUGUGGUCCCUGUGUGUCCUCUCAGAUUGGCUUCAACUGUAGUUGGUGUAGUAGACUUCAAAGAUGCUCUAGUGGAUUUGAUCGCCAUCGCCAAGAUUGGGUGGACAGUGGAUGCCCAGAAGAGUCAAAAGAGAAGAUGUGUGAGAACAUAGGACCAGUAGAAACGUCUUCCCCAACCACCACAACAACACACACAACCACCACGCAAGUCAGGGUCCUAACCACCACCCGGAGAGCCGCAACAUCACAGCUGCCCACCAGCCUGCCCACAGAAGAUGAUACCAAGAUAGCACUACAUCUCAAAGAUACUGGAGCCUCCACAGAUGACAGUGCAGCUGAGAAGAAAGGAGGAGCGCUCCAUGCCGGCCUCAUCGUUGGAGUCCUCAUCCUGACCCUCAUUGUAGCAGCAGCCAUUCUAGUGACAGUCUAUAUGUAUCACCACCCAACAUCAGCAGCCAGCAUCUUCUUCAUUGAGAGACGCCCAAGCAGAUGGCCCGCGAUGAAGUUUCGACGAGGUUCAGGACAUCCUGCUUAUGCUGAAGUAGAACCAGUUGGAGAGAAAGAAGGCUUCAUUGUAUCAGAGCAGUGCUAAAGUUACUAGGACAGACCAGCACCAGUACUGGCUUACAGGUGUUAAGACUAAGAUUUUGCUUAUACCUUUAAGACACACACACAGACACACACACACACCACGGACCAUAAGCUGCUGUAGCUGGAAGAAGACGAGAUUUCUAAAUAAGCCCAGCACAGGAAGUUAACAAAAAGGAAAAAGGAAAUUUGUACAAGAAACCAUGUACACUGAAUAUAGACUCCUUAGGGGAAUGGUAUUCAUGGUUCACUAGGAACAUCUCCUGUGGACUUCUGGAAGUGUGACAAGGUGAUGGAGCUCUGGGCCUAGGUGCAGGGUUUUAAAGGGAUCGAGGAAACAAAGUAACAAUAAAGCUUUAGUUCACAAGGGAUAUACACCUCUGGCUCAAAUGCACUCUCUGAUGUCUCAAAGACAACUGUGUUCCAAAACCUGAACCCUUUCACUCAAAAGAGCAAGUAUGAAUAUUUCACAAUUGUUGGGAACAAUAGCUCAUGUGAGAGCAAAACAAACACAACUAAGAGCUUUUCUAUCUUUCCCACAAAACUCUGGCUAAAGAAUUUUGUUAUCUGCUCUAAAUACAGCUGUUUCAACAAGUCCAUUACUUUACAGGAUCAAUCUUUCAUCUGCACUGGAGGUUUGAACUGUGCCUAUCUAUUCCUUGGUAAUGGAAGCACUUUAUAGAGUUUAAAAUGUCCAAACUUUCAGCUAAGGAUCUGAAGGAGGUUCCGUUGUAAGUAGGGUUUUCCAUUCUCAUUCCUUAAAAUGGACCAUGUGGUUCAUUUCAAGAAGCAUUGGCUCCAUUUCCCAUCCUGGAAGCUUCCUUCUCUUAUGGCUGGAGGAACAAAAGGAAAUAAUAUAAAGAGUCCUGUGAUCAUUUUUGAGACAAAGAUCUUACAGGAUUUAAAAUAUAUGGGUUAUUAAAAAAUACGCUAUUUCUGUAUGAAAAGCCCAUGUUAUUGUCAAUUCCUGUCUAAAAAGCCAUUCAAGUCCACAUUCAAUUCUUGGUGAUAAAAAUAGUGAAAGAACCCUGCUGAAUCAUGCAGUAAUUUUCUUUAAAGCACAUAGUAGCUACAUAAAUAUAUAUAAAUAUAUAAAUAUAUUUUGUUUAUAACUAACACAAGGCAGGCUCUUGUGACUCUAAAGAGUGUAUUUUGUCAUUGAGACAAAAUAAAUGCAACAUCACUGCAUUACUUCCAGAGUUGUAAAAUAAUCCUUAAAAUUAGAAUAUUUUUGUCAUGUACCACAAGUGGAUCAGUCAGUUGCAGCACCCACCAUUUGGCUGCCCUUUUGAGCUGCUCUUUCAUUUCUAUCGACUCCUUCCAUCCCUGACCAUAGUCUUUCUUUCUGUUAGCCCCUUGCCUCCCCAAGCAAUGUAGCAAAUGCAAAGGCUCCUUAAAGGUAGCUGCCGUUUACCCUGUGAUUGCAAUCAAGAUCCCGAAAGGCAUCAUUCCAGCAAGAGAGUAGUUAAUAUUUAUUGAUCUCUGAAGCGUCCAUGCAGGUACUCUGUAUACUGUGCAGUACAAUUCCAUCAAUAGCCUAAUCCAGGAAACUUAUUCUGUGCCAAGAAAAUUUUGGUUCAUAUAAGGUACAGUGUUUAAUGUUUGCAGAUUCAGGUCUCAAAAGGCAAAGAUGUCUCAAAAGUGGCACUUUACUCACAGCUGUAUAAAACGGCUGCAUUGGACAACAUCAGUCCCCUAACAGACUGUCACAGUUUAACAUCACAUGUGUAUGACAUUAACAAGUGCUCCUUUCUGCUAAAUCUAUUGUGCUUUACAUUUUUAAAUACCAUAUGAGUGGCAACUUUUUCCUUGUCUUCUUAAUUAAUAACAGCAAAAAUAGAAAGCAAGGUGAUAAUAGGAAGUGAUGACAAUCUUACUGCAGUUAUGUCCAAUUUAUAGGAAAUAUUACAACUAAUUCUUGUGGAAUAGGUUUGUUCAGACAGCAAUAACCAAAUGACUAACCAAUGUAACUGGUGCAACUGGUAUUCUAUGGGUGGAGAUAUAUAUAGAUCAUAUAGACGACUUCCUUUCAGGAUAAAAUGAUGAUACCUUUGGUAUUGGUAUGGCUUCCAACUGCAAGUGACAGUCACUUAAGUAUCUUGCAUAUGCAUAUAAAUCAUAAUGUCAUAUUCACACUCUUCAGAAGUCACCUUCCAUUUUAGAGUUAAAAGAAUUGAUAAGCCUGUUUAAAUGAAUAAACAAAUAAAACACUCUGAAAUAUUCAGUGAACCAAAGCACCAAGUAACAAGGAUAAUUUCUUGGAAGUAAAAAUGGCUGCUAAAGUGUGGGGAAAUUUUCUGAGAGAACUAAGAGUUAAAGGGAAUAAAAUUUUCUGAGUGGAAUAAUAAGAGAAGUAGUGGAAUCCAUUCCUUUAUGAAACUUUCACACUCUGUACCUCUGGUGCCUGUUUGCUACAAGGGAAAGAUAAUUUUUAGAAAUGUCAUAAUUGACCUGAAUACCUUGGACUUUACCUGGAUUAUGUAUUAAAACACAUAUGUAAUGCACAUUUGUACAUUACUCAAAAUGCUAUAAGCAUGGAGAAAGAAUGACAGAUAUAGUUUUAAAAGAAGAAUAACAAAGGGACACAUACAACCUUAUAAAAAACAGGGAAAUGGCACUUCAAAGGAACUUAGCUAUUUUGCCUUAAUGAUUUAUAAAAAAAUAAUAAUCAGUGGUUAAGGAAACUAAAGGUCAUGAUAAAUGUAUUAUUUAUCUUAAGCCAAAUAGAAGCACAUACCAUAUGCUGGCUUGCUUAUGUAGAGUUUGGACCUUAAAAUAUACUUAAAAAUAGAAAGCUGAAGAUCAAAGAUAAAGUCACUUGAACACAAUUAUUUUGGUAUGAAAUAUCUACAGCAUUUGACAGACUCUUAUAUGGACUAUCUAGAAUUAUGAUGCACAUCAUUAUAUAUACUGGACAGAUGUGUAUGGUAAGUCUCAAAUUAAUUCAAAUAAAAUGCAGUUUAAAAUUCAGUUCUUCGAUCACACUAGUGACAGUUCAAGUGAGCAACAGCCCACUUGGCCCACGGCUGCUAUAAAGAACACUCUGUCAUUGUAGAAAUUGCUAUUGGAACGUUUUGUAGAAAUAUUUCCUUUUAAUUCUAGGUCCUUGUAGAAGCAGAAAAGAAAGAAUACUUGGCAGCUUUUAGACAUCCAAACAAUGAUUUUUUUUUUUUCUUCCUGUAAUCAAGAGAUCCCCUGGAAUGACAAACUGACAGCCUUGAGUCUCUUCUAGAUUAUCCUGGAAAAAUCAACUGAAUCUUCAUAAAUCUCAAUUUCCAGGUUUGGAAAAAUAAAAACAUGUUAUCCUAUCUUCCUUGAAAUAUUACUAUGAAGACUAGUUAAAUGUAGAGAAAUACAGGGUUUUGAAAAUAUAUGUUAAUGUAAUCCAUAUAAAGCACAUCUGUAGGUCUAGUGCCUGCUCAAAAUUGCACUCAAAGAAAGAACAACAGUCCAGAAAGGAUCAAAGACAAAAGCAAAGGAGAAGUCAUCCAAAGCCAUAGCAAAAUUGCUUAAUUUCCUGUCCAUGUCUAAUAUUUGCUCUACAUAACAUCCAACUGAAAGGUUUGUCCACCAUCUUGCCAAAUGUGCUUGGGUUCAUUCUGCACACGUGAGCUCUAUUAUGUAUGUGGAGUCACUCCACGUCUCUAAUUUCUUCUGCUAUCCUAUGUUACUCUUCACAGUAAAAGGAAGCCCAGGAGUUCAGCAGAGGCUUCCAUAACACAGACAUAAAUAAUCCUAUAGUUAUUUUAUUUCUCUUACAGAGAUGUAAGGAGAUAUGUUAUUAGAAUAUAAAACUAUGUGGGACUUGCUUUUGAACGUAAAAUUCUGCAAAUGCAGACUUUAGAAAGGAAUGUGUAGUCUUAAAUUAGCAUCAUGUUUCAAUUUCUAAAAAAAAAAUGGUACUUUUUCUGUAGUAAGUAUAAAUUUGAAAAAGUUACUUACAUCAAUUGCCUGGAAAAAUAUGUUUUGCUAGAAUCCAUGCUUUGUACGAGAUACUUAUACUCCGAAGCAUUACUACUUAACUAGUUUAGAAAUAGGUCCUUUGGGCAUGAUUUCUUGCUACUGUGAAAUAUUCUUUUGCUUUGAAUUUCUUUAGAUAUUUCCCUAAUAUUUUGUUGCAAUGUGCUCCACCAAUUCCUAAAUCUAGCUCUUGCUUUCCUUGUUUAACCCCACCCCUUGUUCUGUUCUUGUUCAUGUACCAGUUCAUGUUACGGAGGAGAAAUCCAAGACCCAAAGAGACUGAGUAAUUUUUCCAAUAUCAGGACCGAGUUUUAAAUUUCACACUCCCAAGUGGUCAUUUUUGUUCUAAUUCUUAUUGCUUGCAUCCCUUUAUAAGCAAUUAGGACCAGCCAAACAACUUAAAGGUCCAGUUUUUAUCAGAAUUAACUAUGUUUACAUGUGGAUUAUCUACUUUUUCCUAUAAUAUGGAUCAUUGGACCAGUCUUAAGAAUGCUAUAUUUUUAUAACAAGCAGUGAUUUCACAUUCUAGGUAUUGCAGGAUCAUUAUUUGGGUAUGCAUAACACCCUCUUUUCUCUCCCCAGCUGGGGACAUCCACACUAUUGGUACUUAUCUGUCCCAUUUAAAAUUGUUGUCUGUGUUUCAUUUCUUCCUGGAUGAAUUUUAGAACCAAAACUAUUCAUUGGAGGUUUUCCUACUACAUAUAUAUCCACAGUUUUUAUUUCUUCGAUAAACUAUUUGGAACUAUUAAGGUGAACAGAUAAUGUGAAGUCAGUCACACUGUCCACUCCACACCCAUAUCAUCUUACCUUUCCAACAUACUUCACACUUCCCAUAUACUUUGUUUCAUCUCUGUAUUUGUUUAUUCAUUAAAUCACUAAAUUCCGCUACUGUGUGCUGAGUAUCCACUAGGAUAAAUUACUCCGCUAGAUCUAGUUAUGUGUGUGUAGUGAGAAACAGUUCAGGCAACGAAACCUCUCCUAUUGCAAUCAUAUCCUCAAACGUAACCUUACAAGUAGGUAAAAUUUAUAUUCCUCUAUCAAGUUCCAGUUGCAAGUCCAUAUUUUACUUAGGGUGUUAGAAAAAAAUUAGAUUGAAGAAUGCUUAUGAAAUAUAGUACAUCAUUGCAUAUUGGUGCUCUUCACUCUAUUUCAAGUUACCUGUUAACUUCAUGCAUGAAGAGAACAGGCUCAAGCGUGCCCCUGGCCCAGAAUACUUCUCAGCUUUCUUGCAUUCUUACUAAGCAGAUAUAAAUAGUUAACACUUUACUUUCUUGCACAAAUAUUUCUGUCGUAGUUUUAAAAUGAUCAGCAUUACCACUUUUAGCACUCAAGGCACUAGUGGGUCCAGGAAGCAUGCACACUUGUGGUGGCUGUUGUCAUGUAUCAGACCUUCUCAGAUUUUCUUAAAACCACAGACAUCUGGGGCCUGAUAAUUCUUUAUUUUGAGUGAGGAAAUGGUUCUGCAGCUUGUAGUAUUUGGGAGCCUUCCUUCAUGGCUUCUAUUGAUAAGACAAAAGCAUAGAGUUCUUCUAACUAAAGAUACCUUUAUACCUAGCCCUGUUCCCAUGUUGGAAAGAAGAGAAAGACUGGCCAAAAUAUCUCCUGCCCAAGCCUCUGUACUAGCUAAUAAGCAAAAUGUAUCAAGAGCCAGAGCCCAACAGGCUUGCCUAUCUAAUACAGACAUAGCACUGGAGUCAUUGUAACAGUCUGCUACAUUGGGAGUAAUAUUUACACAGUAUUAGAUGAGUGGACAUGAAUCAAAGGGAAGCAGUAAUGAUCUCGAUGUAUAAUGAGGGAGAGUGUCAACUUCCCCAUGUCACUACUCAAAUGAAUACUCAAUGCAUAUCAGCUCUGGCUUCAGUCAUCCAGACAGGGAAGAACAGAUUAUGCAAGAGACACCAAGCAUUAUGAGGUAAAUCAAAAGCAUAGGAUGUACCCAGUUUAAAAUUUAACCAUCACCCACCAAUCUUAAUACCACUGAGGCCCUUGCACAUAAAAGCAACAAAAUAAAAUUUAAAAAUUAUCAUCCUGAAGAAUAGAUACUAAAGAGCACUUUUAUUUGGGGUCCCAGAGCUUUGACUUUGUUGAAUUUGACCAUCAAAAGGCCUGCACCCCAGUGCUAUUGAACAGACAUAGUGAUAUCUACAUACCAUUCUGAGGGUAGCUUGAAAAGUGACAUCCUCAGAUUGUCAUAUGCAUAGCAGGGAAAUAAACUCAAGUGUCUUCCACUGAGCUGCUGUAAAAAUAAUACCAUGAAGUAUCAGAGCUGCUCUUGCAAAUAAAUCCCAAAAUCAUUUGAGGGAAAUCACUUAUGUGUCUCCAGGCACAGCUAGUCUGUGUAUCCCAAAUCUCAGCCAGGGUGGCGCUCACUGAGAGGAGGGAGAAGGCCCUUCUCUGACGAGUUCAAACAGAUCUCUCAUUUUCCAACUGAAGCAUCUGGACAUGGCCUGGGAAGUACAUUAUUUUCAAGAGGAAAAACAGGACAGAGAGCAUCUUUCCUGGAAAUUUCAAAUGCCCAAAAUUUACUACUAUUUCUGGCCACACUACUUGUGGUCAUUUGAAGCGUUGACAGGUCAAAGAGGAAAAGUUGAGCACCUGGGGUGAGCAUGGGAACUCUGCCCAUGUUUUUGGCCAACUGUACCUGGGCAGAUAUUUGCGAAGCAUUUCAAAGUGAGCAUAAUUUUCCCUUGCUCACAAUCACAAAGCUCACUGUGGUACUGCUAAAAAGAACACUGGGGAAAAUCUUACCCUACAAAACCAGUCAACACAAACAAAAAGCAAGAUUGUGUGGGGGAGCAGGGUCCAUUGCAAGAGCUCGCUACAUCCAAAACAAGUGCAUGCCUUUCAGGUGAAGCUUAAUUUUACAGAAGGUUUUCCCAGCCUUCACUAUCACAGGGCUUAGAAAACUGGGCGCUCUGAAUUUCUUCCAGGUCUCUGGACAUCAUUCCCAGGGGCUGUGCUCUGUCAGUGAGGCAUGCCAAGGCUGCCCGAGUUGUGCCCGCAUAGCCUGCUCAUAUUUCAUCCUGACCUCACGCUGGACACCUGAACCUGCAAAUGUGCAAACAGUUGUAUCUGAACUCAUACUGAUGGCAUCUGAGAGCAAAAGAUGUGUGGACUCUGUUGGAACCUUGCUACAUAAUUCUGCAAACUUCCUGACUAUUUUCACUGUAAGAUGAAUUAUCUAAGUUUGAAUAUAUUUCCUUACAGUUCAUUAACUUGCCAUCUAUCACUUACAUGGAGAUCAUUAUCAUUGGAAUCAUUCUUUCAUGUUUUUUUCUACAUAGUUUCUUAUACCAAUUUUUAUGCAAUUCUUUGAUUUUGAAUACAGUUUGGGGGCAUCUUUUUUCUUCCUAGCAAAAAUUUGAUAUUCACUGUAUUGACCUCAAAGAUUAUAUAAUAAGGUCUGGAAGCUGGUGGUGACCAAAUGUUACCUAUAUUCUUGCAGUUGAUUACUAUUUUCAGAAGUAAACCAUGUCUUUUUCACUUUCAGUUGGAGUCAACAAAUUUGGGAUUUUAGAAGCGGAAGAAGGGAGCUAUUUGUAUAACACUGCUGUCAUAUUUGGCUGCAUAUUAAAAACAAUAAAUGAGCAUUUUGUUUUAA